UGGCAGUUGGAGCGUGUUCGUGCCUGAUAACACCCCACUCUGCCGUGGACAUCGAGGGCUAGGACAGGACCUUUGAGUCAGCAGGACAGAGGACCCCACAGUGGUCACAGACACCAUGAUCAACCAGCCCCAGAGGCUGCGGCGCAGGCAUGAGAGCUACGAUGAGAAGUGCGAGCGGUGGCACAGGAUGCGGGAGAGCCUGCGGCAGCAGCACAACAUGACAGUGUGCCGGUUCAUGGGGAUGCGGGCACCGGACCCACUGCAGAGCCCCCGGCAAAGGGAGUUCCUCAGGAGGAGGAACCUGGGGGGUGAUGCUGGAAGGGCACCACCGGGACAGCGCAUCCACCGGGAUCCCACUGAGGGGUCCAUCCUGCUCCAGCACCCAUGGAGCUGCCCCACAUUCCCCCCUGCACUCUCCCGGCUCGGCCUCAGCAUCCCCAGGCGAGGUGUGAACACCCAAGGAACACAGACCCUCACAAACCCAAGGGCACGAGCAAAAGACUCAAGCCAACAGACAGAUUGUGGAAUAGCAGUUUUAAAUAAGGAAAUAGUGCAGUUAUCCAACUACCUCAAGGAGGCCCUGCACCGUGAGCUGCUGCUCAAGCAGAAGAUGGUGAUUUUGCAGGAGCUUUUCUCCACGUUGCUGCAAGCAUCAGAGAAGUCCUGGCAGGGUCAGCUGAACGAAGAUAAACUGAAGUGCAAACUAAGGGCGCUUGAAAAUCAGCUGCAGGCUUGCACCCAGAGUUACUCAAAGGAGUGUGUGAAGAAGAUCCUGAUAGACAUGGAGGACCAGAAGCAAACCUAUGAGGAGAAGGCAAAAGAGGCUCUUCAGAAGAUGCUGGAGGACAAACUCCAGACUGAACAGCAGCUGCAAAACUCCGAGAGAAGCCUGGCAGCAACGAGAGAGGACCUUGCCUUCUGGAAGGAGCACUACACCAGCCUCAAAGCUGAACUGACGCAGGUGACCACGGCACACACUGAGCUGGAAAACAGCUUCCACAUCCUGCAGAGCAAACUUCAGCAAGCGGAUGCACAGAACCAGCAGCUCCACCAGACCCUGGGCAGGCUGCAGAGCGAGCACUCUGCUCUCCACCAGCGAGCCAGUGCCCUGCGGAAGGACAACGACCUGAAGGCUGAGCACAUCAGUGCCAUCAGAGAUAAGCUUCAACAAGAACAAAACCAGAGGGUAAAGCUGGAAGCAACAGUCAGCUAUUUGCACAACUUAAUAGAGAACCAGACCAACAAACAGAAGACCCAGGAGGCGAUGGCACAAAGGAAAGGCCAGGUUUUCACCACGCAGAGCCCACCUCUCACUCCUGCCAAGGAGAAACAAAACGCUCUGUUAGAGCACCCGGAGGAGGGGGGAGAAGAAAGCCUGAGGGAUGAGAUGCAGAAAAGGACAUUCCAGCUUACAGCAAAGGAGAAUGAGGUACAUAUGGACACACAGGUAGCAGGAGUCAAAGUUCCCCAUCACCACAGUGCCCAUGCAGGGGCAAAGCACUGCAGCCUCUGCGGGAGCCCUGCUGCUGUCGGUGGGUACGGAAGAGAGGGGAUCCCUCCUAACGGCCCCUUGCUGUGCUUGCAGUGCAUGGAGCUGCGCUCGGAGCUGGAGGCCCUGAGCCAGGAAUACCGCUCCUGCCUGACCAGGCUGCGCCAGUGCCGGGAUGAGCUCAACCACUUCCAGAGCAAGCAGGCGAAGCGACGGCGCGGUCACUGGGUCCCUCUCCUGGUGGCAGUGCUAACAAUGGCCAUAGCCUCCUUCCUUGCAAGUUACAGACCAUGAGGGACCUUCUCCAUGAGGGACUUCACGGCAGGAACUGACUUCACCAGCAGCGACAUUCCCUCGCCACAGUGCACCCUGUGCUGUGUCACACUUGUGUGUUUAGUG